AUGGGGUGUAACCCCCCAAUUUCAACUGUGCUCCCUACAAAAGAGGAGUUGGUUGCCAACGAUGACCUUAUUGCGGAGCUGAAGGCACAAGACAACUUUGAACCUCCUUCCGAGACAGAGCGGAGACAACAAAUGCUCCAAUUACUUCAACGUGUCGCCUUGGAAUUUGUCAAGAUUGUCAGUCGCAAGAAAGGGUUGUCACCCGCCGCGGUCGAAGCAGCUGGUGGAAAGAUCUUCGCAUAUGGAAGCUACCGUCUUGGUGUUUACGGUCCAGGUUCCGAUAUCGAUACCCUUGUCGUUGGCCCGCAACACGUUCUCACCGAAGAUUUCUUCGCGGAAUUCCCACCUGUCCUCGAGCGAAUGGCCCCGGAGGGCACGAUCGAAAAGAUGACCCCUGUUCCGGAUGCGUUUGUGCCUAUAAUCAAGCUGGAGCUGGCUGGUAUCAGCAUCGAUUUGAUCUUCGCUCGGCUCAUGAUCCCCUCAGUACCGAUGAACCUUGACUUGAAGAACAAUGACUACUUGCGUGGGCUGGAUGAGAAAGAAGUCCGAUCUCUGAAUGGAACCCGUGUCACAGAUGAGAUAUUGGAGCUAGUGCCACAGCAAAAGACUUUCCGUCUGGCAUUGCGCGCGAUCAAACUAUGGGCUCAACGACGUGCGAUCUACGCCAACAUUGUUGGUUUCCCCGGAGGUGUUGCUUGGGCUAUGUUGGUAGCUAGAGUUUGUCAAUUGUACCCACAAGCGACCGGUUCGGUGAUUGUGGGCAAAUUCUUUCGCAUUAUGAACAAAUGGGCAUGGCCGCAGCCCGUUUUGCUCAAGCCAAUUGAGGAUGGUCCCCUGCCAAUGAAGGUUUGGAACCCCAAGAUUUACCAUGGUGACCGUUUCCAUCUCAUGCCUAUCAUCACUCCUGCCUACCCUUCUAUGUGCGCAACCCACAAUAUUUCGAUGUCAACAAAGGCUGUUAUUCUCCGAGAGCUCCAACGAGGAGGUGACAUGGUGGAUAAGAUUUUCAUGAAGCAACUUUCCUGGAAGGACUUAUUCACACGUCACUCCUUUUUCACCAAUGCUUACAAGUAUUACCUGAGUAUCACAGCCUCGAGCAGGACAAAGGAGGCGGAGGCUAUUUGGUCGGGUCUAGUUGAAUCAAAGCUGCGACAUCUCGUGGGAGCUUUGGACCGUAAAUCCGUCAUUGCCGUAGCCCAUCCUUUCCCGAAAGGGUUUGAACGAGUUCAUGUGACCCAGAAUGAGAGUGAGGUGGAGGAAGUGAAAAAUGGAUCCACCAAGUACCAAGCUAAAGGGACUGCCACGGAGACGACCGACGAGACCAAGGAUGCUGCCCACCAAGCCGCUGCCCAGACUGGCGCAGAGAAUGUGACAGUCCCGGAACCUUCUGAGAAGCCAGUCCAGAACGAUGGCAGUCCGACCAUGUACACUACGACCUACUACAUUGGACUUGAGUUGAACGCGUUAGAACAAGGUGCCCCACGGUCCUUGGAUAUCUCGACCGACUCUCAGAUAUUCAAAUCUACUUGCACAUCAUGGCCUGGGUAUCAGCCCGAAGUAAUGGACCUAGCUGUCACCCACGUUCGCAGUUUCGAUUUGCCAGAUGAUCUAUUCCAGCCUGGCGAAACCCGCCCAGUCAGGAAAACCAAGAAGGUUCCGAGAAAGAAUGUACAGAAGGCCGACGGAGCCGGUCAUGGCCAGAAGCGAGGCAUCGAUGAGUUGGACGUUCCGGCACAAGGUACCGCCAAACGCCAAGUGACACCGAACAACAUUUCAAGUGGCCUUACUCCUGCGUGA